UGUAGUACAUGCAAGUGGAAUGAAAGAGAAAAGACAGAGAGAAAGAAAGAAAGAGCAAAAAGAAAGAGAGAGAAAAGAGAAGAAAAAAAGAUGAGUUUGCUGAGGUCUGACAAAGCCACCACCCCAUUGAUGACCGCCACGCCACCUUCUUCUCUCUUAGCUUCCUCUGCCGCCGCCUCUUCAUCCCUCUUCCCCACUGGUCCUUUCUCUGUUAUUCUAUUCCCCGCAGAUCCCUAUACUUUUACUUAUUCUCCUAAAAUUUCUUUUGUUUGAGGUUAUAUUAAUCUUGGGGUGUGUGAAAAUCUGUACUCAAAAGACUCUUUUUUUUUUUCUUUUUUUGAAGUAUUUGCAAGGAUCAGGUAGAGUUUUUGAUUGUGUUUUGGGCUUUUCUCAUGUGUAUAGAUAGAUAUAAGGUGCUCUGAUCAAAGCAGUGAACUUGGGUUUCCCAGUUGGUGAGAGAUGGGACUGAAUUUCUCUAUAAACUCACUGCACUUUUACUGAACCCAAAAAAAAAAAAAAAAGAACCCAAUUUCCCUGAAAUCUCUCUUACCCUCAGAUUGAGACCUCACCUUUCUGCACCUAUCCACGUCCGACACUCGUACACACUCAACUUUCCAGUCUUCCAGAUAGCACAGAAAAAGCAAGCUAGCUCUUUUUUCCCUAAACUUUAUUUUUCACUCUUUAUUUACCUUCUUUAUUAGGGAGAGAAACGGCUGGGAUGAUGAAAAUCUUGGGGGAUUUUUUUUAAAUAUAGAGAGAUUGAGUUCUUAUUAGAUUUUAUUUUUCUUUGUUUUUUUCUCUGGUGUAUAUUUGGUAAUGAAGUUGAAGUGCCUUGGUUUUGUGGUGGGUUGGUAGGUGGGAACGAGAGGAUUGCAAUUUGCAUGCACACAAAGAGUAACGAUGGGCGUUAGUUUUUUGCACUGUGUAGAUUCUCAAAGCCUAGAGACAGACACGUUGAGUUUCCAAAACUGAAACGCUCCAAAUUGAGAGUCCACUUCCCCCAAAACCUGCAUGCGAACCAAAGCCAAAACCUUCACAAUAUAUAGACAAAACCCACAAGAUAAAUCACACCCACCACCAAAAAGAAACAAAAGAUUUGGACUUUUAAGGCUUUCGAUUGACACAGAGAGAUGCAGCAAGAGAUUAGAGAUGGAGAAGGAUCAGAAGACAUGAAGCCACAAAGUCAAGACCAAAGAUUGAAGCCUAUGCAACUGGACAAUCAGCAGCAACAACAACAGCCUCAGCAGCCUCAGAAAUGCCCCCGCUGUGAGUCUCUCAACACCAAGUUUUGUUAUUACAACAACUAUAGCCUGUCUCAGCCGCGUUACUUCUGCAAGACUUGUAGAAGGUAUUGGACUCAAGGAGGAACCCUCAGAAACGUUCCUGUUGGUGGUGGUUGUCGAAAGGGAAAGCGUGCUAAAACCUCAUCAUCAGCGUCUUCUAGCGAGAAUUCAAGGUCUCAUCAGCCACAACAACAAAAUUUGGCAAACCCACCUGCUGUAAUUCCUUCUAAUCCAGUUAUCACAAGAAGUCCAGCUCUAAGGACUAAAGAACAUGGUAAUUUAGCUUCACCUUCCGCACCAUCAAUCCCUUCAAUUUCACCAUACUAUGCGGCAGGUGGGUACUUGUCUUCUUUGGCAGCAAUUCAAUCUUUGAAUCAAUCACAGACUUACAGUCAAGCUCUAGGUGUUGGAGAUGAUUUAGGGGGUUCUUCAAAUUUGAGUCUGCUACAGGGUUUUAGUGUCCCUUCUUUUGGGUCACAACAGCAGCAAAGGCAAAUUCAGCAAACCCAGUUUUAUCAAAUGGGUAACAGAGAUAGAAACAUGGAACAUCUCUAUCCGACUGAAGAAACUUUGAUUCAAUCAAACAGGCCUACAAGUUCUUCUUCACAGCAUGAUUGGCAUCAUAGCUUUAUCAACAAUACAAACAAUCAAACGGCCUCUGAUUCUGCUUUGUGGACUAUGAGCACCGCCACCACAACCACCACAACUGGUAACACUAACAACAAUAACAAUACUGGCUCUACUUUGAAUCCAAGUCAGUGGCCUGAUCUGCCAGGGUAUGGCCCACGUUCGUGAGUCGUGACCAAUUUCAGCCAUUCUUAGAAGCUUCCUCAAGCUUCAAAGACCAAACAACUGCAUAAUUUUUAGGCAUUCUUUGCCUUUUAUGCACAUAAAAAGGCCCAUUGGAUCUCUAAUAUGUUUACCCUUUUUGUUGUCUUCUUGGUUUACUUUGGAUGGUAUAGGGUAUAAUUUGGUUCAUCAUGGAAAACAAGGAUUGGUGAGAAUUUUGUGAUGUGGGUAUUCAUUGUGAGUGGGAAUAGCGGCAAUGGCCUUUCUUCUUUUUAUGUUAUAGAGAAUUUCUGGGUUGGGUUAGGUUGUUUUGAACUGUAUAAGUUGAUUAAAGUUGAUACUAAGAUAUAUGUUUGAGCUUUUGUUUUGUUGCUCUACUUUUUUGCUCUUUUUGUGUAUAUAUAUAAAUCAAUUAAAUCCCUUAAAGAA